AUGCUGGGGGCCACUCAGCUGGAAAGCGACUUUGCAGAAAAAGACCUGGGACUCCUGGUGAAUGCCAAGUUGAGCAUGAGCCAGCAGCGUACCUUUGCCUCAAAGAAAGCUAAUGGUAUCUGGGCUGCAUUAGAAGUGUGGCUUAUGUACAGUGGGUCCCAUAGGCUAGCUUUUCUACAGAUUCAGCAGCUAUGUUCACCGAGGGAGCAUAUUGGCAAAUGGUGGUACGAACAGCUUGAAACUUUAGCAAUCAUUUCCAUUUCUCCCCAGGUACAAACACACUUGGAAAAUCAGUCUAGAUACCAUAUCCAGCAAAGCCAGAGGCACCAGGUGAAGCAGUAUCUGACCCUUGACACCAAGCUGUCCAGCCAGACCCUCUCCCUGUCUCACUCCCACACAAUCCAGCCUGCAGGAGUGACCUCCAUUUUAAGGAACGGACACAUGCCUCCCGUCAGUGAUAUUGGCACACCAGAGAGCCCUAUUACCAAGCUGCUGGCCCUUGGAGGAGAACAUGAAAAUGCGAUGGAAGAGGUUAUUGAAGACAUAAUCAAUAUGGAAUCAAGUUUUAAUGAUGAAGGGAUAGGUUGCUCUGAAACUCCUCUAUUAAUGCAAAGAACUCUAUCUAGCAGCAUUUUGGAUAUAUAUAACAGUGACCAGGGAAUGACACCAGCUAAUAUGGGUCUCACAAAUGCUUCUUGCCCAGCUAAUCUACCAGUAAAAAGGGAACUCACAGCAGAUACAAGAGCAAUGGCCAAGGAGAGACAAAAAAAGGAUAACCACAAUCUCAUCGAGAGAAGAAGAAGGUAUAAUAUUAAUUACCGAAUCAAGGAGCUUGGCACACUCAUCCCCAAGUCUAAUGAUCCUGAUAUGCGCUGGAACAAAGGAACUAUUUUAAAAGCAUCAGUGGAGUACAUCAAGUGGCUACAAAAAGAACAACAGAGAGCCAGAGAAUUAGAACACAGACAGAAGAAAUUAGAGCACGCUAACAGAAGACUUCUGCUUCGAAUUCAGGAACUAGAGAUUCAGGCACGUGCUCAUGGCCUUCCAGUCAUAUCUUCACUCAGUGCUGUAGAUUUAGCUGCACAGGUCAUCAAGCAACAGUCAUAUCCAGAGGAGAACUCUGUAGACUACUCUCAACAAAUGCCUUUGGCACAUGGACAAAAUUCUACUGUUUGUGAUGGAUCUACAGCCUUUUCUGAUCCACUUUCACACUUUACCGAUUUGUCCUUCAGUGCAGCUUUAAAAGAAGAGCAACGACUAGAGGAAAUUUUACUGGAUGACACAGUAUCACCAUUUGGAGCAGACCCGCUCUUGUCUUCCACAUCCCCAGCUGCAUCAAAAGAGAGCAGCAGGAGAAGCAGCUUUAGCACAGAUGAUGGAGAUGAUUUAUAA